GUUACCCCCGUUAACAGUGAGCCAGCUUCCUGAGAGAUGAUCUGGUUUCUCACUGAUCUGGUUUCAAGGUUCAGACUAAUCUGAACAGCACACUGAGCACGAGCUGCUUACCUGCUGCAGAGAACAUACAGCAGAGAGAGAAGACAAGAUGGAGGAAGUGAUUAGAAUCAAACUGCAGAGUGGUGAUGAAGAUGUUUGCUUACAAAACUCUGUUGGCAGUAAUGAACCCUGAGGAUACAGCUGCUGUAAAACCCCAAAGAAGAGGAAGAGGAAGAGGAAGCGGAGGCUGCUCCGGUCCGGCAGGUGGCGGUAGUUCACCUGGAGGCCAGAAGAAGAAGAAGCUACAACAACACACUCAGUCCGCCAUUUUCCCUCUUUCGGCUGUUUUCAGUCAGUUUUUCUGAUUAUUUCGUGUUUGAAUUCAACAAAACCCCGUUUUUUCUGUAGUGUUACCUGAGCGCAAGGCAGGAGCACGUCACAGCGGCUGUGAUGGCGGCUGACCGGCGCGAGGACAAAGAUGGAGAGCUGAACGUUCUGGAAGAUAUUCUGACUGAAGCUCCAGAUCAGGACGACGAGCUGUACAACCCUGAGACCGAACGAGACGUCAGCGACAAGAAAGGAACAAAGAGGAAGAGUGAGCGCUCUGACAGCCAGGAUCUGAAGAGGCUCCGCCCCUCAUCAGGCCACGCUUCCUCCAGGUCGUCCUCCACCAAUAAGAGAGCCCCUGGUCCACCUCUCUCCUCCUCCUCCUCCUCCUCUAAGAAGGCAGCGUCCAGCCCCCGGGGCCGCCACGCCGCUGCCACAACCGCUGCUGGCUACCGUCACGAAUACUACGAAGAGCGAAAGGGGCGGCGAGGGGCCCGGGAGGUGACCAGGAGCCGCGGAGGAGAAGACGUACGACGUAGAGAGUCUCAGAGAGGCCUGGGAGGUCUGAGCCAGAAGUUGCGAUGUGAUGAGCGGCGGGCAAGCCCCUCCCCCCAUAGGGAGGACAACCAAUCAGAGGAGGAGGUGGCAGCAGACUACGGCUCAGAGCCGGGGUCAGGAAGCUCCUCCCCCGCAGCCUCCCACGUAGACGAAGAGGAGGAGGAGGAUCAGGAGGAAGAGGAGGAGGAGGAGGAGGAAGAGGAAGGCAUGGAGGAGGAAGAUGAGGAAGAGGAGGAGGAAGGAGAGAAGGAGGAGGAAGAGGAGGAAGAGGAGGAGUAUGAGCGUCGUGGCGGCGGCGAGGGGAACGACUACGACACUCGCAGUGAGGCUGGCGACUCACGCUCCGCUUCCUCCGUCAGUUUCUCUGACGACGGCGAGUCGGUGCACUCAGGCUCCGCCUCCGAGGCCUCAGGUUCAGAGAAGAAGCGGGAAAAGCUGUCAUCGUCGGUCAGAGCUGUUCGCAAAGGGAUGGAGAAUCCUACCAGUAAACUGCGUUACAUCCUGCGAGACGCUCGAUUCUUCCUCAUAAAGAGCAACAACCACGAGAACGUCUCCCUGGCUAAAGCUAAGGGCGUGUGGUCGACGCUGCCGGUGAACGAGAAGAAGCUGAAUGCAGCUUUCCGCUCAGCUCGGAGUGUCGUUCUCGUCUUCUCUGUGAGGGAGAGCGGGAAAUUCCAAGGUUUUGCUCGUUUGGCGUCAGAGUCUCAUCAUGGCGGAUCUCCAAUCCACUGGGUUCUUCCCGCUGGUAUGAAUGCCAAGAUGCUGGGUGGAGUCUUCAAGAUCGACUGGCUCUGCAGGCGGGAGCUUCCUUUCACUAAGACGGCUCACCUGUCCAACCCCUGGAAUGAACACAAGCCAGUCAAAAUCGGACGCGACGGACAGGAGAUCCAACCGGACAUCGGCGCUCAGCUCUGUGCCCUGUUCCCACUGGACGAGAGUGUGGACGUCCACCAGGUGGCUCGGCGUGUUCGUCACAAGCGUCGGACGCCAUCGGAGCCACGGCCUCGGGGCCGACCGCCGCAGCGCGAACCGGGAAGGCGUCGUCCUGAAGAGUACGACCUCCACGGCAGGAAGCGACCGCGAGCCGACGGUCCGCCUGACUUCAACCAGCGAGCAGGGUUCAUCCAGGACCUUCGUAACCAGCCGGUGGACAGACGAUUCUCCAGCGUGAGACGAGACGUUUUUCUCAACGGGUCUUAUAACGACUACAUGAGGGAUUAUCACCACAGCGUCGGUCCUCCUGCUCCCUGGCAGACUCUGGCAGCAUACCCCCCGGCGUGAGCAACCGCCCCCACCACCCCCUACUACCACCACAGCCACCCCCGCCUCCCCCUCCAGGCCUACCAUCACCACCACCCCCUGCCGCCACACGAGGCACCGCCCCUUCGCUUCAGAGACAAGCAGCGAGCGCCGCAACACCGUGCCUUCACCUCCAGCCCGCACGACUACGACAUGCGUGUGGACGACUUCCUGCGGCGGACGCAGGCGGUGGUGAGCAGCCGGCGCGAGCGCGAACGGCAGCGUGAACGCGACCGUGGCGGCCCCCGCCGCGACAGAGAGAGAGAGAGAGCGAGGGACAGAGACAGAGAGAGAGAGAGGGACAAAGAGAGGGGGCGGUACCGCAGGUGAUCUGAUGAUGUCAUAUCCUCUCAACCUGCAGGGGCUUUUAUUUUGACAGUCAGUAGUGUUUUGGCUGGUUUCCUGUUUUUUUUUUGUUUUUGUUUUUUUGUUAAAAAUUAUGAAUAAAAAAUGAAACAAGCUACGUGGUGACAUCAUCAGCUGCAUCAGUUUUUAUGUGAAUAAAAUAUUUUAAAAAAACUGUUAAAAAAUAAUAAAAAUCUGGUGAUUUUUUGGUGAGUUUGAUCAAAACUUUUAUUUUGGUGAUACUGUGUAAAAAUGGAAGUGACAUCACAGCGCUGGAACACGGCUGUCACUCGGCGCCGUCAUACAUGUUUCUGCGCACAUCAACAACAUCUGAUAGGAUGAAACAUUUAACUUAUGUAAAUUAAACGUCUUUUUUUACAGCGUAACUUCUCCCGAACCUUCACACUUGAUUUUCCAGAAUCUCGCUGGAGCUUGACUGUUUUUUAUUUUCAUGUUUUUCAGUAUUUUAGUCCAGAGGUUCCCAACAUGAGGGUCGAGACCCUCUGAGGGGUCGUAUGAUGACCAACAGCAAAACAUUUCUUUUUUUCUAAUCAUUGCUGCUUUUAUUGUGAAACGUAGGACAGUUUUUCCUGUAAAAUCCUUCAAAUUAAAUGUGAGGAGAGAAAAUCUUGCUGAACUGAAUUCAUUAAAAAAAAACUCACUUCCUCCUGAUAACCUUUUUAUGUUUUUUUUAACAUUUAGUUUUUGUUUUUUGGUUAAAUAUAAACUCGUCCUGCUUCAGUUAAUUUAUUUAUUUUCACACAAACAUUUGAGUUUUCAGUUUGUACUCGCCUGCUGCUGGUGAUGACACGUCAGCUCUGUUUGUCUCCUUUGUUUGUUUUAAAAUAUAAUUUCAGAUUGUUUUCCCUUUUUGCUUCUCUCUGAUUGGUUGUUAAAGUGGUGACCAAACGUCCAGGUGAUCAGUUUUAUUGUGUAUUGAUCAGCAGCAGGUUACACUGAUCUGUGUUCAGUCUCGGGGUUAAAAGAAUAUUUGAAGGUGAAAACUUUAUUCGUUUCAUGUUUCUGAACAGAGGGGGUGGAGCUUGUCUGUUUUUGUACAAAAUAAAAAAAUAUCUGAAAUCAGA